GGCGCAGGUCCAGAUCAAGUGCGUGAUUUGGAAUUGACAUGUCGACGGUUACGCCUGCAUCGUAGCGGGCUAAGCAACACGAUCGAAUUCGAAACCCUGCUGCCUAGUCAUACAAACUUCGUACCUUAAUUGCCUUCGAGAUGUCUGUCGUUGCUUUUCGGGUAUAUCGUGCAUAUGUCGAGGCUUAGAUAAAAAUCCUCGUGCGGUGAAUAAAGCCGCUUUGGUACGACGCAUGAGAGUGGGGGACCCUUCGUGAGUGAAUUAUUUCCUCGUGCCGUUCCACGGAUGAAACAUUUGCACUCGUCAAGUAUGAGUGGAGGAUUCUCGCAUGAAGACGGACUCUCAUGAAGUACGGACUAGCAAUGGAAACGUAGGAGAAGUAUCUAUUUUUCAGAUUCAGAAGUCGUUAACCGAUACUUUUUCUUAUUAAGUACAACUACAAGAACGCGGGACGCACGUCCGUUUUUUGAAUUCAAAACAAUGCCUGUCCUCGGGUAUGUCCCACCGAUUGGUUUUUUCGACGGCACUCGGGAUCAGCACGACAGCAACAGCAGCACAUCGCAGCUGUACAAUGUCUCGCAGCAGCUUCUGAAGUUUGCUGGCAUCGGGACAAACGUUGCAACCCCGCCCAGUCGAGUGACGAAUUUAGGUUCAUCGCACGACAGUGUUCAUUUUUCCACAGCGGCACGCGCACGCCCAAGAGGAGGGCCCCGUGGACGUCCUGCUCACACCAGCUUUUUGUUGGACUGCACAGGAGAAGAGCCUUACGGAUUGGACUAUCGUGUGGUGGACGAAGACGCACGGGAGAGCCACACCGCCCUCUGUGCGCGGUACCGGAAUGCUUUUAAGCACAAGCACAUGGUGAACAACCUGAAGAUCAUGGCCACGAACUGUCCGCAAAAGGUCCACUACUGGGUGCAGAGCUCAAACAUGAUGGUGUCCUGCUGUCUAGCUCCGGGGGCCGAAAAUGGCGAAGGCGACGCGAAGUGCCAAAUCGACAUUCCGGUCGCGAAGCCAGAGGGAUUGUUCGAGAAGAUGAAGCAUUCGCUCUGCCGAUUCCGCGACCCAAAUGCGAUAUUGACGAAAACGGCAACGCAGCCGACCUGGUCUCUUACGUCCGGAAGAUUUUGAGUCAAAGGCAUCUGUGUUUGUAUGUUUGUCACUGUAACAAGGUUGGUACUUCCCAUUGUUCUUGAAGAACAUGUAUUGUUCGACAUCCAGCGACGGCACAGCGAUCGCACACGAAAGCCGACACGACCCACAUGUGUUGUGAUCAGGUACUGCGUGAAAUCUUAAGGCGGAAAAGAGUCAAACGUGGUAGUGGAUCCUGUGCAGCAUGCAUGCAAAAUUUACACGUAAUACGUGCGGCAAGAGAAACAAACCUUGUGCGAAGCCUCAACAUUUUUCCGACGAUACCACUAGUGAAACUCAUGGGCAAGAUCCUUGCAGUUCUGGCGAUGUUCGAAGUCAUCGGCCCGGUAGCCACGGAGAUAAUGGACGCAGGAGAGGGACCAAAAAAGGGAGGCAAGUUCGUGGAGCCCUGCGACGAGAACUCGUAUGAACCGUGCAGCAUCAAAAAUCUGCAGAAGUACUUCCGUGCGACCGGAAUGGCGGUGAUGGCGUUUUCCGUGAUUCGCAAGAUCAUGGCGUACUCCUGCAUCCACCCGGGCGGGGUCGAAAUCGAUGCGAACCACGUGGGGGAGGUCCAGGGCCGGACGCCUCGGUAUGGCCUGACCGACGAGAGGGUCGUCAUGCUGCAAGCACCACACCCAGAGCUAGCGGCCCUGCUGCCUGCAAUUACGGGGUCCACCGGAACCCAAACGAGCGACGCGGGGUCGAAUAGCGCAGAAGGUUUGUGGCUGUGUACAGCAAGACCGCGUGAUCAACGAAUGAACCAUAGUUACAAACUUCGUUCAGCGAGUUUCCUGUAAACCUCCACGCCCUGUUCCGCUCGGGACGCGUCCAGCGAAAUCCUUGUGUAUCUUGGCCACUUCACUGCUUCAGCCGUGUAGGCACGCGGAAAAACAAAAUGACAUUGCCGCUCUUGAAGCUCAAGUUUGAAACAAAUCCAAGCGCAUGCAGUGCCGGUUGCUUGUCGUGGGAUCCAUCCUCUCUUUCUGUACUAUCCAGACAGUAGAAAUAAAAAACACACACUCCUUGUGAAAUGAAACGCGUUGUCCAAGGGACGUCUGCUGGUUUCGUCGUCCUUUCCAC